GCUAAUCUUGAUAAGCGAACUUAAGGUGCUCGUACUUCGCUCUCUCCACCGAAAAUAACUCCGCAACUCAUCGGAGAAAAGGUACCGUCUUCAGCUUUUCCAGUGACAGUGCCUAUUACUACGUUUUGGGGUCGAGUUAAAAGAAAGAAAGGUGAAGCCUUUUUGUGGAUCCGAAUCAAAAGGUUGAGACUUUUUUUUUCCACCACCAUAUAGUCUCUUGGUUAACAAUUUUGAGUACAAAAAAAUGGGAGUGAAAGUUGCAACAACAUGUUUGCAAUGGAAUCAAUCCUUUGUUCCUCACUCUUCAUCCUCUUCUUCUUCUUCUUCUUCUCAAACUCUUGCUUCUGCAAUCUCUUCACCUUCUUCAAAACGACGUAGUAUUAGCAGCAGAGGAUCUCUUAUCUGCCGUUAUGUCCAUAGGCUGGACCAAUCUGCUCUUUUUGGUUCCCAAAUCUUGAAUUUACACAGGUCUCAAUCUUGUGAGCAACUCAAGCCAAGAACCAGAACAAUUACAAGGGCUUCUAGCACAAGUGCCAGCUUAGAUUCAUUUUCAGAUGAAGAGUUCUCUAAGGAAAUUCAAGAAUUGGCCCUUAAAUUCCAACUUUCAGACGUUGAAAAUCAAAAUACUAUGAGUUCUCAGCUUGAAGCUAUUGUUGACUCUAUUGAAACAAGUUGUGAGAUUGUUACUAGUGGUAGUGAUAUUAAGUUUUUGGAGAAUCAUAAGCCGUUUGAUCCUUUAGAACAACCGGAUUGGCCUGAAAGAGACGAGAUAAUUCCUGCGAAUAUCGAAUGGAAGGCGAAUAGCGUGGAUCUGCCUUUCUCCCUUAGGAUUAUAAAGAGAAAAAAACAAUGGCAAGAUGGGGUGAGAGAAGCAGGUGAAUCAGCAUAUUGUUCAGUGAAAAAAGCAUUUUCGAAUAUGGUGUUCAUAAUUCGAGAGCUGCAAAGCUAUACUAUGCAGAUGAGGGAAAUGUUGUAUUAUGAAGAUCUACAGGGGAUUUUGGUGAGAGUACAAAAGGAGAUGCAUGCAUCUUUUGUGUGGCUAUUUCAGCAAGUAUUUUCACAUACACCUACUUUAAUGGUAUAUGUGAUGAUACUGCUGGCUAAUUAUAGUGUUCAUUCUAUGGCAAACAGUGCUGCUAUUGCUGCUACACCACCACCACCACCACUUACAGAAACUGUUUCUACUUUGGAAGAGAGUAAUUUUAAUCAAAAGUUUGAUACUUCUGCAAUUAAGACAUUUUCAGUGUCAUCUUCAAGUGGGAAGGUUACAUUCAUUGGUGGAAGUAAUGGAGGUGGUGGGAAUUACAAGCCAAUUACUAGUGGAAAUGAUGGUGAUGGAGGUCUGUCGUCUAAUUAUUAUACCGUUAUUCCUGAUGGGAUUUCUUCGAAUACUCGGAUCAGUGAAGAAGAGGGUGUAUCUGCUCAAGAAACAAGGGAAGAAGAGUUGAAGCUUUGGGAUUCAAUUGUAGAUGAGGCUUCUAAGAUGCAAGCCGCAACAAGAGAUGAGUCCUUAGAUUAUGAAACUAUGCAGAGAUUUGUGUCACCAAUAUAUGCAAAUAUUGAAGUAGAUGAUUACGCAGAUUAUUUCAGAACAGAGUUGCUGUAUCAAAUGGGACUCAACCAAGAACCACAGAACACUCUUUUGCUAGCCAACUAUGCUCAAUUUCUUUUCUUGGUCGCCCAAGAUUAUGACAGAGCGGAGGAGUACUUCAAGAAAGCAUCAAAGGUGGAGCCAAAGGAUGCAGAGGCAUUGAAUAAGUAUGCAAAUUUUCUGUGGCAAGUAAGGAAGGACCUUUGGGCUGCAGAAGAAACUUUUCUUGAAGCCAUAGCUGCAGAACCAAGCAACUCAUUCUAUGCAGCUAAUUAUGCUAAUUUUCUAUGGAAUACUGGUGGUGAAGAUACUUGUUUCCCGCUCGACUCCUCCAAUACUGAUGUUUAGUUCUAAAAUGGAAAGAAAUUAAAAAAAAAAAAGAUUAAAGAGGAAGAUGAAGUCAUGAAGAUGUGUGACAUAAGAGAAGAAAAUCUUAUUGGUCAAGGAUACAAAUUGAAAUAACAAAGGGAUAACUAGAAUGGGGUCCAAGAUAAUUUUGGUUUGCACAAUUUGGAUUUUCCCUUUGUAUUUAAAUUGCUGGACAGUGGUGUUGGGGAGACAAGGAAGAGCAGGGAGGGUGACUAUGGAGUUGUUAAUUGACAACCGCCCCUUUGGCCUUAUUUUCCUACUACUAUAAUUGCUAGUAGUCAUAUGAUACAGAUCCUCUCAAACUUGUGUAAAUUCAGCAACUCUUGUCUUUAGAUCACAGAAAACUGAGAAGGGUCUCGUGCUUGGGAUUUUUCUGUUUACUUUUUCAUUCUUCUUGUUAACAGUUUUCCUUUUUUUUUUUUUUUGGCAUAGUUCACAUAGCGAAAUUGUAAUUAAACUUUUGUUAAUAGAUAAAUGCGGACUCUUUCUUUGUAACUUC